CUUCAGGGCGCAGAUUCCAUCUGAUCCGAUCGAGUCCACCGAGUCCGUGGCAAAUCAGCGUGAUGUAUUUCGUAAUCGUCCUUCUCGCCGUGGUGGGCUGCGCCCUUGGACAGUACGGAGGAUUCCGAGGAUUCCCUAAUCAGAACGCUUUGCCGCAGACCACGAGACCGCAGUUCCAGCAACCGCAGUAUCAGCCCCAGUACAGCGGUCCCAGGGGUCCCCAGAUAAAGAUCCGCAGUCAGUAUCAAGACAUCUCCCCCGAUGGCUCCUACAGCUGGAGUUACGAGACCGAAAACGGAAUCUCAGCCUCCGAGACCGGGACUCCCAAAGCCGCUCCUGAGGGUCAAGCCGAGGUGGUCCAAGGGCAAUACUCGUACACGGCUCCCGAUGGAACGCCGAUCUCGGUGCAAUACAUCGCGGACGAAAACGGAUUCCGUCCUCAGGGCGCUCAUCUGCCGACUCCACCGCCAAUUCCUGAGGCCAUUCGUCGCGCCUUAGCCGCUAAUCCGCCCAGGAACGACAACUCCUACGACCAGGACAACAGGCCUUACCGGCCAUCUUAUCCCACUUACGGCAACAACUUCCGCAGAUUUUAGUCGCCCGUCCUUCGUUCAUCCCUGAAAACGAGAUUCCCAGCGUGAAUUUGCACGAGAAACGAGUAGGAGGAAUACUUGCCUCGAUAUCCCGUAGACUAUGAAUCAGAAGAUCAAUGGAAUGGAAUUCCCUCUUCUUCGUCAUUUCUCGUGCCAGUUCGCCUCCUUUUCUUCCGGCCUCUCUGCGCCGCCGUUAAUCUGUGAUUAAUGACCAUACCGAUUUGUAAUACGUACAUAUAACAAAGACUUCUGCACGGA